UGUCAAACAGUUGCAGUUGCUUUAUGCCACGUUGGACCAGGAUGGCACAACGUGAGGCGGCUGCUAGGUUAAUCCCGCUUGGGUUUCAGGGGAGACAGAGUCUUGGCAGGUGGGACCCAGAGCUGAAUGCUUGGGCUGCUAAUCUGCCAAUCUACAAACGGCAGCGCUCCUAUCUCAAGAAAUUAAACUCUUCAAUCACCCUCUCUAACGCGACUCUAAUUCCCCAACAAACCCCCAUGGGCGAGCCAUAACCAACGCCCAUUCGCACACAACCCAGAACGCCUCGUCGCCAGCUUCCUCGCCCCAGGAAAAGGCAAGGCGCAUGUGUAUCCUGCCAACGAACCACACCACAGCGACUCCAACAGCCUCGACAAACUCGAUGUCACAAAUAUAGAUAUAACACUCCUCCCAUUCGCAACUACCUCCUCCACAAACAUGCCCGUCCAACACGCCUACCAACCGCGUCGCACGCCCCUCCGUCCCAACCCCCGCCGCCUCAUCCACCUCACCAUCGGCACCAUCAUCGUCCUCUUCAUCCUCCUCCUCAUCCCCCGCCACUCCUCACCGCGCCUCCCCAAACUCCCCCCGGCAUUACGCCCCUUCCGACCCUCCGCGCACGCCCCGCCCAUCCAACCAAACAGCACAAGCGGCGACGCGCGCUGGCACCAAAGCUGGGACUGGCUGCGCCCCUUCUCCUCCGCGAUAACUCUCGACGAGCACCGCUCCGUGCUGCCGCCGCUGGUGGAGCGCGUGCCGAUAUAUACAUACUAUGACUCUGAGAGCGCCGGGGGCGCGGAGACGGAGGAGGUGCUGAAUCAGAUUCUUCUUACGUGGAGGAGGGCGUGGUGGGCGCAGGGGUUUCGGCCUGUGAUACUGGGGAGGGCGGAGGCGAGGAGGAGUGGGUUGUUUGAGGGGGCGAAGGGGAAGGGAGGGGGGGAGGAGGUGUUGAGGUGGUUGGCGUGGGAGAGUAUGGGAGGGGGGAUAUUGUGUAGUUAUUUGGCGUUGCCGAUGGGGGCGUUUGAGGAUCCGGUGAUUUCGUACUUGAGGGGGGGGAGGUUUGGGAAUCUUACGAGGUUUGAGGGGUUGGGAGGUGGGUUGUAUGUUGGGCCGAAGGAGGGGGUGAGGGAGGCUAUUAAGGCUGCCCUGGCGGCGCCGGAGAUUUCAAAGGUGAAGGAGAUAUCCGAUGUGGUGCCGAAGGAGAUGUUCAAAAUCGAUGCCACUCCAAGCUCGAUUGCAUACUACGCCAUGGACGUGGUGAAAGCCAAAUACCCCAAGAUCGCAGAGGAACUGCCAAUCUCGACAUCGAAAGGCAUGCGGCUCCUCAACAAACUCAUCAACUCACAUCUCCACAACAACUGGCGCACCCACUUCUCCGACGGCAUCGCCGUCCUCAAACCCAUCCGCACCCACAUGACCGCCAUAGUCGAGCCCGCCGUCCAACUCGCCGAGUACCUCGCCCAAUGCCCCUCCUCUCCCAUCAUGUCCUCCUGCCCCCCCAACAACAAAAACUGCAAACCCUGCGUCGCCGCGGCACCAAUGCGCAUCUCCACCCCGCCAAUCUUCAGGAACAACUCCAAACUCUACACCAUCGGCGUCGUGCCCCACCCCUGGACGACCACCUCCUCCGACGCCUUCACAACCGCCAUCGACGUCCCCUUCAUCCGCCGCCGCAGCAACCGCGAUCACUGGCUCACCCUCGUCACCAAAGAGCUCCUCGGCACCGGCGUCUCCACCUCCCCGCGCCUCGUGAAAUUCAAAGAAGCAGUCGCCUCCCCCUACGGCGCCGCGCACUCCGUCUGGUUCACAGCCGAGAAGGAAUACCCCUCCGACAUAGACUGGCACUUUGGCUUCCUCGUCCCGCGCCAAUCCACACACGACGGGAAAUCCCAAACCCCCGUCCCGGGCCCCGAACGUCGCCCCGCAGACCCAGCGCGCGAUCCGCUGGAUGGAGUGCUGCCGAGCGAGAAGGAACUCAAGAAGGAGAGGGAGUUACUUGAGUACGCGAAGAUGAUGGGGACGACGCCGGAGCAGCAGCGGUUGAUUAGGGCGAUUGAGGCGUGGAAUUUGGGGGAUGUGGAGGCGUGGAGGUUUGCGAGGGCGUUUAUGGCGAGGAGGUCGAUGGAGAGGAGGGGGUGGGAGGAGGAGGAACGGUGGGUUACGGGGGGGAAGGGGAGUGAGAAGUGA